CUGAAAAGCUGUUAUCUAAUCUCCUCUGCCGUAGCCAUGCCGAAAGCCAAACCUUUCAUUGUCACUGCCAAGCAUGAGCCGACAGGCCUGCUCGAGCGUAUUGCCAUCCACAACACGCACAAGUUCGACAACGUUGGCAAACCUCGCCGAAUUGUACGCCCCACCAUCAAACCACUCAUUCGCCGCCCCUUCAACCCUGAACGCGCUGAAAAAGCGAAACAUGACAUCGAGGAGCUUGCACUUCACGCGCAUCUCUUCAAGAAGCAACAGUUGCUCGAUUGUAUCUCCGACCCUGCUCCCCCCCUCAUCAAUCGCAUCGAUAUGCAGGCGGGACCCUCCUACGAAUCAGGAGGAUUGUCGCAACUUGAGGUCAAGCGACAGGGAAAUAUCUAA